GGGUGUGACUUUUGAUGGAGCUCCCCCUCCCAGUUAUGUCAUUACUUCAGUUCCUUUGAAUCAGAAUAAAAAGUGCAGCAAACUUCAGACUCAUUGACUGCGGGCUUAACAAGCGUCGGGGCUUUUCUUCUUCCUGCAGCUUGCAAGGAUCUUUGGAUUUUGCAAAACACUUCCAAGAAAACAAUGGCCAACUUCUCCUUAUGGGCAACUUUUGGAUUAUGUUUGUUGAAGCUUUGUCUAGCAGAAACACAAUUCAAUGUAAGCUGCAGAUAUGGAGGAGUUUUUCAUGUUGAGAAAAAUGGUCGCUACAGUCUCACACGACCUGAAGCAGUCAAACUCUGCAGAGCUCUCAAUAGUACCUUGGCAACACUAGAACAGCUGAAGAAAGCUCAUGAACUUGGAUUUGAAACUUGCAGGUAUGGUUUUGUAGUAGGGCAUAUUGUUAUCCCACGAAUCAGACCGUAUCAUCUUUGUGCAGCAAACCAUACUGGCAUUUACAAGCUUCCAGCAAAUACAACUGGUCGGUAUGAUGCAUAUUGUUACAAUGAGACAGAAACAAGGGACAUAGAGUGUGGGCCAGUUGAAAAACUAGAUACUUCUCUCCUCAGUAAUCAAGAUGAAAUAGUCAUUGACAAUGCAGAUGGCUCACGUUAUAAUGCAGAUGGCACACGUCAUACCGGUGGAGAGUCCUCAACUUCAGGUGCAGACGAUGAAAAUGUAGGUAGUGGAUCAACUCAUGAGACAACUCCCGUGGAUACCUCCAUCAGGAGAUCCAGCCCCUCAUAUUAUGGAGGUGCUACUCCAGUCUCACAGCUGCCAGAUCACACUUCUGGAGGGGGUGAAAAAGGAACUCCUGGAAAAGACUAUGAUGAUGAAGUUCCAUCUCUAUCACCUGACAUCUCUUUCGGGACAGUGGCUGAUGAUUUCCAUGAAGAAGAUGGUGGACAUUAUCAUGCUACUACUACUAUGGUCUCCACCCAUGGGGCCAAACAGAAUGACUCCAUGCAAGACCCAUGGAUAUAUCCAGGUUGGGACAACGGAGAGGAAUAUGCAACAUGGCCUGCUAUAACGGAUAGAACUAUUCCUUCCAGAGGGAAUAAUCAUGAGAAAGACUCUUCCACUACAGUCACAGAAUCUGUGGAGGAUGUUAACCAAGAGAAAGCAACCAAGGAGCCACUGGCACCUGGCACUCCACCUGGAAGGGAAAGUGAACAAGCAAACACCACAGAUGGUUCCCAUGUCGGUUGGAUACCUGCAAUUCUUCCAGACACUGAAGACCAUCUUAAUCGCUUGCAGACCCCUCUUACUACUACUGUUGCCUCUCCUGAUGGUGCCCACCACAAAGACCCAACUCAACCACCUCUGCCUUCAGAUAAUGAACCAGGACAGGGCACUGAAGGCAUCAGGAAUCCCACAGAUACCCCAAGGGAUGAAGUCCUCCACAAGACCACAGCUAGUAUAAUUGAAGCUGGCUCUACCUCUAGUAUAUAUGGUAAUGAAGGACCACGCAAGGGACAUUAUGAAUCCACUACUUUCCCUGGAGAGACUGCCACAACAAAAAUAGAUUCACAGCCAAGGUCGGCCCGUGUACCAGAAUGGCUGAUCAUAGUGGCUGCUCUUGUGGCACUUGUAUUGAUUCUUGCAGUGUGCAUUGCUGUUAACAGUCGGAGAAGAUGUGGGCAGAAGAAAAAGCUAGUGAUUAACAACGGGAAAGGGGCAGUGGAGGACAGGAAGUCAAGUGCAUUAAAUGGAGACAUCAGCAAAUCACAAGAAAUGGUGCACUUGGUUCAUAAAGAACGGUCAAAUGACCGAACACAAGCAUGUGAUGAACUCCUGACUGUUAAUGAAACACAAAAUCAUCAGGACCUUGACAUGAAGACUGGAGUGUAAUGGUACCAUGUUGCCAAGUAGAUCAGGCUGGGGAAAUCAAAAUCAUGUGGAACUUGAACAGGAAUUCACAGAUGCACUCUGCUACUGAUGUCUUUUGAAAAUAAACAUAAGUCUUAUUCCUUUUUAAUCACUUUACAAUGUUGCCAGGGUUAAAAAAUUGACAUGUGCUUUCUGAAAUACGCCCCAAGAGUUGCAUAAUGCUUUCAGUUCCCAGUCCCUACACAGAGGACUUUCACUGUGUCCUGGAUGUUAGGAGAUAUACAAGUUUACGUCAUUAUUCCCCAGAUGGAAGGUCUUCACUGUGUGCAGCUUAAGAAGUAUCCAGUCACUCCAUCUUAGAAACAUACAAGGUACUAAACUUGCCACGAUACAAGAGUAAGUGAGGAAAAAAUGUCAAGAGUGACAAUCAAGUCUAAACCCAAAAGGCAUGCUCUAUAAUGUCUGAAACAUGAGAAUCCUUCAGAAAUGCCUUCCAGCCAGGAAGAGCAGAGGGUGCAUUCAGAAUCUGCCACUAUAAACAGAAAGUGACAUUUUGUAAUUAUGUGUGGCUUGGUCUGCAAUGAGGGAAACCCAGAAGGACAAAAUUUAUUUAUCUCUAUUUCUAAAUGAUACUAUGGGCAUACAGCAAGUCUUCUCGGGAGGGGUAAUAAAGAGAUGAAAACGUGAACUGAUACAUAAUAAAGUUCUAUACUUUAUCAUCCUAGCAACCUGUACAAUUAUCCUUGAGUUUUUGAGAUAUUCUUUGGUCUUCUCCCUCCCUCAUUCAUUGGUCCAAGUUUGUGCAUGUUUUUAAUGAGUCUGUUAGUUAUGAUAAUGAAUGAAACAAAAUGACCCCAGCUCUAGCACACAUGCACAAAUCAAGCAUUUGGAGAUCAUUGGGGAAGAUGACAGUAUUUUAUUCUUGAAGAAUGGGUCUCUAUUUUAGAUAUUUUACUUUUUAUUCCAUUUUACUUAGGAGAUGCUGAGCCUAGUAAAAUUGUUUCCCUUAUUAUUAUUAUGUCACACCAGUUUGCUGAUAUUUUAAAAGUUCCUUUUCUAUGAUCUCACUAAUUUCCUCAGAAUUCUAUUUCAUCUACAUUUUUUCCAUCUGCUUUUAAAAAGAAACAUUGCUUGCAUAUCGGUACCAGAAAUUCAAAUUCUACAGAAAAGGUCAAAGAAAAUGAAAGGAAACUCUCCCAGCCAUGUAAUAUAGUAGAGUAGCUAAGCUGCAUUGUUAUAUGCUUGUGUUUUGUCCUUUUGUGUCUGUUAUGUAAAGUAUUUGUAUUAAGCUAUGAUGCUGUGCAUUAUAUUGAUAUGAAUUGUCAGAAAAAAACUUAUUUACUACCAGUGGUCUGUGCUAUUUUUAAGCAAGCAGUUUGGAAUGAUAACUUCUAAUUGGGCUGCCCCAAGAAAAUGCAAGUAAAAACAAUUUAAGUAAUUGCAACCUGUGGUCUGCGUCAGCUGUUGGAUAGGGAUGGCCUGUAGCAGGGUUAUGCAAGUGUUCCUGUUCACUGACCAUAGCAUCUGUCUUUGAAACUGUUCUGCUAAAGCAUUUUAUUUUAUGUUCUCAAUCUGAAACAGUCUGGAGGAUGAGUGUUGAGCUGGUUAAAUACUAACUUUAGCUCGCACUGAUCUUUACUGGAACAUAAAGCACAAGACUGUCGAUUAUAUUUCUGAAUUGCAGUCCUCCAGCAGUUUCCCAUGUGUUUCACUGAGAUGCUCAGUGCCCUGGUAUCUGCAGGCAGAUCUUCUCAGGGCAAUUUACGCCUGGGCAAAAGGUCCCAGGACAAGCAGAGGUUUUAAAAUAUGCAUAGGAUGUUGUCUGACUUUAUGUAGGUCAGCAUAUUUCAUCUAUGAACAGUGCAUUGGUUUUUGUUUAAUCCCUGUGAUGUUUUUAAGCAAGCUUUUCUAUUUGUCAUUACAAAUCAAAAUGUUCUGUUGAAGGCUAUGUUUAAACUGGUGUUAGGUACUCAUUUCAGUAAGUAUGGAGAUCCAGAGUAAGAAUUAUUCCUCUCUUUAAGUCCUAAAUGAAUAUAGGUCUUAAUGUAAAGGAGAUAUUUCAUUGUCUUGUAGCCUAAAUUUCUCCUUUAGAAAAAGAAAAAGUUUGUGAUGUUAUUCAUCUCCCUAUACAGAUGUUGAAUGAAGAAUCUCACAAACUUCUUCCUAGUUUACCUUAUGUCCAGGAACUAUAAAUGCACAGACAACACUGGUUGGGUUUUUUAUAUAUUUUUAAAUAGGGAGAUGCUCAAGUUGUCUUUACAGAGGCACUGCCAUUAUUAUAUAUAUGCUGGUUCUUUUUAGAUUAUGUCCUGUGAUUCAUGUGUGAUUGUUUCAUUAUAGUUUCAAAACUACGUUUCAUAUGUGUAAUAUAGUACAUAUUUUUAUUAAUCUUGAUUUUAUUAUAUGAGGGGUUUUUUGUUGUGUGUAUGUAUUUUUAUACAGAGCACUUGAUAUAUUUGCAUAUUUAUUUAACAGAUUAAUCAGAAUGAUAGAAAAUAUUAUCUCUAAAUUGUAACUAGCAAUAGUAUUGCUAAAAACACAUUGAACUGUAAAAUAAGCUUCCAAAAUAAACUUGAUUCCACAUUGAGGAUAAACAGUAAGACCAGCUAUUAGUGGGAAAGAAGUAUUCAGCAGGAUAGUCAUGUUGAGUAUUUGUGAUAAUUUUUUCUGCUUGCAAAUUCUAAGCCAGGCUGAGGUGAAUGCUAUGUGACCUUUUCUGCUCUGCCAGCCUUCCAUAGGCUCCACAGAUGCUCUGGGAGUUGGUGAUCAAGUCAGCUUCCCCCCAGAAGCAGACAUCAGCUUGAUUCAAUUUCAGAUCAACCCACUAAGACCUGCAGGACUAUUCUUGGCUCAUUGAACCAACAGCAUUUAGAGAGCACAGCACCCAGCCCUUCCUUCAGCGUGCUGACAGACAAAUUGGUUUUCGGUCUAUCCCUGGUGCCUAGCAAGUAUGAGGAUCUCUUCUAAAAAUGCUGAGGAGGUCAGACCCUGUGAUCAGCUUGUGUUAAUUCUUUGUCUUGAAAAGUUUCAAAUAAAUGUAAUCCAGACCAAUGAAAAUACUGUUUAAAGCAGUAGAUGCAUGCAAGAG